UCGACGCACAGGUCGUGCCCGCGGCGGUUCGCAAGGAUGGAAAAUACAUGCAAGAUGCCUAAAAGAUUGCCGUGGCUUGGCGUACUUGUGUUGGCGUCUGUUUUGCUUGUAGUGGACAGCAAGAGAGCCAGGCAGCCUCGCUGUCCCUCAUCAUGUACAUGUACCAAAGACAACGCGCUGUGCGAAAGCGCAGGACUGAUCCCUCGCAGCUUUCCCACUGAUGUCAUAUCACUAUCUUUCGUCAAGUCUGAUUUCACUGAAAUCCCAAAGGAAAGCUUCAUCCACACGCCUGCCCUGCAUCUCAUCCUCUUCACAGCCAACAACCUGGAAUCUAUAAACGAAGAUGCUUUUCUUGGUCUUCCUCAUCUGGAGUAUCUAUUCAUCGAAAACAACCAAAUCAAAUCGAUAUCACCGCAUGCUUUCCGUGGACUGAAAACCUUAGUGCAUCUGAGUCUGGCUUAUAAUAAUCUUGAGACUCUGCCCAAAGAUUUGUUUAAGGGUCUUGAGGCCUUGACCAAAGUUGACCUGAGAGGGAACCAGUUCAUUUGUGACUGUAAGCUGAAGUGGCUGGUUGAGUGGAUUUACAGUACCAAUGCAACCGUGGACCAGAUUUACUGUAAAGGCCCAACCUCACAGCUGGACAAGAAAAUCAAUGAUCUGGUGCCACAGUCCUUCGAUUGCAUCACCACAGAGUUUGCUUCCUAUCAGUCCCUGAAGUUCGAAUCCAUAUCUGUGGAAGCAUUUUCCUUUGGGAGUGACCAGUAUGUGGUGUUUGCUCAGCCAUUCAUUGGGAAAUGCAGCUUUCUGGAGUGGGAUCAUGUGGAGAUGGUCUUCAGAAACUUUGACGAUAUUGACAGCACAUCCACAGUGAUCUGCAAACCUCUGGUGAUUGAUAACCAGCUCUUUAUCAUUGUGGCUCAGCUGUUUGGUGGCUCACACAUCUAUAAGCGUGACACUUCUGCCAACAAAUUCAUUAAGCUCCAGGGUAUUGACAUUCUCACAAUCCGCAAACCAAACGAUGUUGAAACUUUCCGCAUUGAUGGUGAAUCCUUCUUCGUGAUGGCGGACAGCUCCAAGGCUGGUUCCACCACCAUCUACAAGUGGAACGGGAAUGGUUUCUACUCUCACCAGUCACUCCACCCGUGGUACAGGGACACAGACGUUGAGUACAUGGAGAUCUCCUCCAAACCUCACCUGAUCCUUUCCAGCAGCUCCCAGAGGCCUGUCAUCUACCAAUGGAACAAAAGCACCAAGAAGUUUGACCGACGCACGGACAUCCCGGAGAUGGAGGAUGUCUAUGCCGUGAAGCAUUUCCAGGUCAAAUCUGACCUCUACAUCUGUCUGACCCGCUUCAUUGGCGACUCCAAAGUGAUGCGCUGGGAUGGGGCCCUCUUUCGAGAGAUGCAGACCAUGCCCUCUCGUGGCUCCAUGGUUUUCCAGCCCUUCCCUGUGGGCAACUGGCAGUACGCCAUUCUGGGCAGCGAUUACUCUUUCACCCAGGUGUACCGCUGGGAUGCCAAGAAGGGUGAGUUUGUCCACUUCCAGGAGCUGAACAUCCAGGCACCAAGGGCCUUCUCUCCAGUCUCCAUAGAUAAUCGGCAGUUCCUGCUGGCCUCCAGUUUCAAAGGGAAAACUCAGAUUUAUGAGCACCUGGUUAUUGAUCUGAGCAACUGAAAGAUUGUUUUCUUGACUAGGAUUUCCAUUAUUUGAGUGUUUUUUGGUGUUUGAAAUUGGUUGUUGCAACAGGUACGGUGCUGAACACUGAGAGGGAUUAUCAGUUGAUCCUAACUUGAGA